AUGCUUUUCUUCAGCUUCUUCAAGACCCUUACCAACCAGACCGUCACCAUCGAGCUCAAAAAUGACAUCCGCGUCCGUGGUAUUCUGAAGUCGGUUGACCAGUACCUCAACAUCAAGCUCGACGACGUCGAGGUCUUGGACUUGGCACAGUACCCCCACCUGUCGUCGGUGAAGAACAUGUUCAUCCGUGGCAGUGUGGUCCGCUACGUGAUGCUGCCGCGCUCGGAGGUUGACGUGGGGUUGCUUGAAGAUGCUACACGGCGGGGUAAGUGA